AUGUUUCGGGCCCUGAAGAUCCCAUCAGAGCAUGUUCUGGAAGACUCCGGAGGAGAACCCAAAGUUUCAGAUGUGAUCAGCUGCACACAGUCAGACUGUCACUGUAAGUGUUUCCUGCCCGGACGGCAUCACAUCAGGUCAUGUGAUCGCUGCACGCACGGCUGGGUCGCCCACGGUAUGACACGUGUUUGUGUGUGUCAUUGUCUUCAUCCAGGGCAGGCGGAGAUCGCUCAGAGUCACGUGGUGUUUGACAUCAGCAGUCUGAUUCUGUACGGGACACAGGCACUUCCUGUGCAGAUGAAGAUCCUGCUGGACCGUCUGUUCAGUGUGCUCACACACACACAGGUGCUGGACAUCAUACACACACUCGGCUGGACACUGCGGGACUAUGUGAGAGGAUAUAUGCUACAGGACUCCAUGGGGACUGUUCUGGAUCGUUGGGUGACCAUGACCCCAGAUGAUGAGGUCGUGACCCUGCAGCAGUUUUUGCGUUUUGGGGAAACAAAAUCCAUCGUGGAGCUCAUGGUUGUUGCGAAACAGCAGAUCCACCUGGAAACUCCAGACCGAGUCUCUAAAACAGCCGGUACUGAUUCUGAUAUCUGCACUUACGCUGAGAGCAACAGACUCCAUCGCAGUUCCACGUUUAAGCCGAGAAAUCAAUCGCCCUCCAGCUUGCAGCACUUCAAGAAUCUUCCAGGAGAAAAUCUAGCGUUCCUCCAACCGUUUCACUACAUCAGUCCGUCGACAACCCCUCUGUUUCAAUCCCGACAAACUCUCCCUGUGGAACAUCAUCCCACAACCCAACAACUGCAACGCCUUGGACGGCUGACACCAGAGCUCAGAGGAGACAACACGCCAAGAAUCAGAAACAGAGGAUCUAAAUGGAAUUCCAACAAAACCUUCGCCAGGUCACCAAAAUGCUCCCUAUGGCUGACCAUCGAAGUUGGCGUACCUCAACACUGA